GAGAGAGAGUGCGGGGCUAGUCUGAAUUGUGAGUGGCUUACGACACUCAGUGAACAGAAGGUGCUUCUGCACGCUCUGCCAGUGCACUAGUUUGCAGCGAGAGAUCGAACGCUCCUCUCCCCCACGAGCUCACCGCCACCGCCGCCGCCAACCCCCCCCCUCUCCCUCCACCUCUCACUGCAGAGACACCGGACGGAUCCCUCAGCCUGGACCAGCGGUGCUACGGAGCACACAGCCCUGGCAGAAGACACCUAUAGGCACCCGAGACGUGACACCCGUGCACAGGACUGGGACUCAUUACCACAGCCGCGGCAGACACUGAAGGAGGGAUACCAGGCGAACUGAGAGAAAGAGAGAGAGAGAGGGAGGAGGAAGAGGAGGAGGAGGAGAGAGAUGAAAAGAGAGAGAGAGGGACGACACAUCCUCUCUUUCAGUGCAUAUUUUCUUUGAACACUGGUCACUGAGAGGUAACGACCUGGGUGAUGGGAUUCAUGCCACGCAGGUCGGCAGCCGUUUCAAGGGACAGACGUUAGUUUGUGUUGACAGCAAUUGUCUCUAACAAGAAAGGGGGUUGAAAAAAGAUCAGGUUUUUUUUUUUUCUCCUCUGAGGAUGCUUUUUUCCCCUUCUUCCUUUUCCUAGUCCUCUCCUCUGAUCAUCGCAGCAGCAGACUGUGGAGACUUGCUGUGGAGAGGACGGUACUCAUGCAUGCAGCCGAGGGAGCAAGCACUUCCUCGCGGCACGCUGAAAGCUACUUGGAUUCCUUCUCUUUCUGGCUCUUUCACUCGCGGAGAACUAAGACAUUGUAAGGCUGCCAAGGAUCUGGUGUCCGCUGAAAAGGGAGAAGGGAGGGGGGAGCGAACUUCGACCACACUGGGGUUUUAGAUUCCCACAUAAUUAGUAUUUGGGGGGCACAAAGGAAGACGUUGAAUAGGGUUGUCAGCCUCUGGAUGGCGGGUGAGUAGGAAUCCUUUCAUAUGCGAUCGCUGUGUGAAGAAAGCUUUUUUUUUUACCCCCUCUGGUCUCCUCUUGCUCCCUGAGAUCUAACAUGAGCAAAGUGACUUGCUCUUUAUCCUCCUGCGUUUUCUUUUUGACGAGACCGGAUUCCCGAUUCCAUAAGUAAAUACCUUUGAAAACCCCGUCCCUGCUCCCCCUCCCCCCCGCCCCCAUCACUCAAACGCCUUUCUCGAUACAAAAAAAUCGGAAAAGGCCAAGCGAAACAAUUGAGUGUUUCACCCUGGGAGACUUUACAAAUUAUCAUGUGAAACAUGACAAAAUAAUAUCCGGAUCUAUUCAAUGGACAUUUUCUCUGCGUCAUCACUGGAUAUUCAUGCUAAUGGAUUUCCUCCUGAUUGGUUUGUACUUGAAGUGGCCCCUGAGAAAGCCCCCUGGCUUGAUACUGUGCUCUCUGGGGAUCUUUCUCAAAAUGGCCCCCCUGGUGGAGGGGGUCUGUCCCAGGCUGUGCCGGUGCGACAGCAAGCUGCUGUACUGCGAGGGCCUCAACCUGACGGACAUCCCCCGCAACCUGAGCAGCGCCAUGGGCCUGUCGAUGCGCGAGAACAACCUGACUGAGCUUCGCGAAGGCCAGUUCGCUGGCCUGUCACAGCUCACCUGGCUCUACCUGGAUCAUAACAACAUCGACAUGGUGGAGGAGGGCGCCUUCGACCGCCUCAGGCGGGUCAAGGAGCUGGACCUGAGCAACAAUCGCAUCGAGAGCAUGCCCAAUGGUACAUUCAGGCCCCUCCCCAACCUGCGCAUGCUGGACCUGUCCUACAACAGGCUGCAGGCCCUGGAGCCAGACCUGUUCCAUGGCCUGAGGAAGCUCACCAAUUUGCAGUUGCGCUACAACGCCCUGAAAUUUGUGCCCGUGCGGAUCUUUCAGGACUGUCGGAGCUUACAGUUCUUGGACCUGGGCUACAACCAGCUCCAGAGCUUGGCCAGGAACUCCUUCGCCGGGCUCUUCAAGCUGACAGAGCUACAUCUGGAGCACAACGAGCUGGUCAAAGUCAACCUGGCCCACUUUCCACGGCUCAUCUCCCUGAGGACUCUGUACAUGCGCAACAACCGGGCCACCAUCGUGGUCAGCACCCUGGACUGGACCUGGCACUUCCUGGAGAAGAUCGACCUGUCGGCCAACGAGAUCGAAUACAUCGAGCCUCACGUUUUCGAGAGCGUGCCCAACCUCAAGAUCCUCAACCUGGACUCCAACAAGCUGUCGUCGGUGGACCAGCGCAUCCUGGACUCGUGGGCGUCCCUGUCCGGCAUCACCCUGGCGGGGAACGAGUGGGAGUGCAGCCGCAAUGUUUGCGCCCUGGCCUCCUGGCUGAGCGCCUUCCGGGGCCAGCGGGACAGCUCGCUGCUGUGCUCCAGCCCGGACAUCGCCCAGGGCGAGGACGUGCUCGACGCCGUCUACGCCUUCCAGCUGUGCGAGGACCCGCCGCUGGACGUGACCACGGCCGGCAUGUACGCCACCACGCGAGCCAGGGCCCGCGGCGGGGGCUCCUCGGUGUUCCUGGGCCUGGCCACGGCCAACCCGUACGACCUGCAGGCCGAGGGCGGCGAGGUGGCCACCGGUUCCUUCACGGUGACCAUGAGCCACGAUGACUUGGAGAGCACCAUGCAGAUCCACAAGGUGGUGACGGGCACCAUGGCGCUCAUCUUCUCCUUCCUCAUCGUGGUCCUCAUGCUGUACGUGGCCUGGAAGUGCUUUCCGGCCGGGGUGAGGCAGCUCCGCCAGUGCUUCAGCAGCCAGCGCCGCAAGCAGAAGCAGAAGCAGAGCAUGCAGCAGAUGGCCACCAUGUCCACGCCGGAGUACUACGUCGACUACAAGCCCAAUCACAUCGAGGGCGCCCUGGUCAUCAUCAAUGAAUACGGUUCCUGCACCUGCCAGCAGCAACCGUCGCGUGAGUGCGAGGUGUGAUGCGUGACACCCCCUCUCCCCCCCCCCCUCCCCUCCUAUCCCGUCCAUCCAGAGUGUGUGUUUACGUGUGCUCCCGUGGAUAUAGAGCGCCUGUCUUUGGAUAUAUUUGGCAAGUUGUUAAUGAGACUGUCGGAUUGACAAAGGGAUCAUUGGACACUGUUCACGCUGCGUCUCACUGUGCUGCUUGCCUCUGCAAAGAAGGAGGGGGACUAAGA